AUGGCGGCAACAUCCACAACCCCCGAACUCGCGACCAUGCCAACCGAGAUUGUAUGCAUGAUCGGGGACAACCUUUCCGCUAAUGAGAUCAAGGACUUGACGCUCGUAUCAAAGCGGUUUCGCGAAAUCUUUCUCUUGAAAUUCUGCAAGCAUCUCAAGUUUGCCGGUAACAUGAAAGAAUUGACAAACAGCCUCAACGCCUACUUUGCCCGCAAGACAGCUUCAUUCCGUCACCUAGUCCAUCAUCACACGAGAUUUGUGACAUUUGAAGUUACAAAAUUCAACGACAUCUCCGAAAUGUAUACCUGGGUUCAAGCCUCCGGAGUCAAUUCCAUACCCAUCGGGCGGUUUUUAGCGGAUACCCCUAACCUCCGCGGCGUCAUUUUCGAUACCUGGCUUCGAAACCCCAAAGAGGCUUCCAAGUUCAACACCUUGAUUCGCAGGGGCCCAGACUGGCAAGGUCCUAAGCAUGUUUAUUUCAUAAAAGAGCUCGAGGACACGGACAUGCGUAAAAUAUUCAGAAAGUUCAAAGCCGGGGCCCUAAAGGGAAUUUCUGCACCUUCUGGACUGUUUCCAGACCACUAUGACGAACUUGCACACAACGGCGCCAAUCUGACUUCACUGCGUCUCGACAAAUACCUUUGCAUCUCUUAUGAAGUCUCAGUCCAAACAGGUUUCGGCAUUAGACUUGUCAGCAGCAUCGGCACAGACUUUCCUCAGCUUGAAUCAUUGAACAUUUAUGAAAAACAGUCUUCCAAUGCUCUCUUGCGCUACGACUACUACGCAGAUACACGGCUCUGGUCCCGGGAGACCGCAAGAGUCGCUUCAAUCCUUGACAAGUUGCCGCGGCUACGUCGGUUUGCAUUUUCUAUGCGUGGAAUGGGAUCUAACGACAAGACUAUUAAUUCCAUCAGGAGGAAACUGUUGGCCAUGAUUGAGGAAAAGAUUCCAGUGCCCUUCGAAGUUCUCGGGCUUGAAGGCAUAUGCAAAUUGGUGACUACUUAUUUUGCCGCCCAUGCGGAAGGUCUCGAGGAGGUUUGCAUUGCAACUGGACAUCCCACGCUCUACCGAGCAACUCUCACAGACGGCGCCUGGAACAUGUCUGAGGAGUCUUCCGAGGAUCCUUCUCAGAAAUAUCUGUUCCCGAAUGUUUUGGAGAACUAA